UACUCUAAAUAUUGGAGGAACGGGUGGUUUCCGCUUUAUGAUGGAAAUAAAGGAGGGUGUAUAUGGUAUUGGAAUAUGUCCUGACGGUGCAGAUGCUGAUUAUGAUAGUUUAGUGGAUGAAAUAGAAGCAGUGAUCCCGGAAUUUACUCAAUGGUCAAAUCGUAGACCAAAUAUAGGAGAUUUUGUAUUUGGUCAAAGGAUAGACGACACUUGGGCUAGGGGAUAUGUUAUAUGUGUGCUACCAUCCUUAAAACUGGCUAUGAUCGACGAAACUGGAUUAGAGCAAGUUAGUUGCCUUGCUACGUGCGAACCACCCCUUUCAGAUAUGUAUGCAUUUACUGGAGUAUGUGAAUUAAAUGAUACUACAGUUAAAUUGGAGGUAAGAUGUACAGAAUCUAAUAUGCUGUUAAAUAUAAUGUAUGUUACUUCUUAAUUUCGCAACUAUAACUUGUAGGGACAUGAGGAAUAUGAAUUUAAAGUAGUAGGCCGAACAGAUGAUGAGAAACCAGACGAAUUUGAAAUAUUAUUUCUUAAAGGAGAUUCUGAGUUAAAAGCUACUAUAAAGCCUUGGAUUCCAACGCCGGAAC